CUGUUACGGGAAUAACUGUGGGUGUUCCCUGGUGAGAGCAGGGAGGUCCAGGGGUGGGGAGAGCUAACCUUUCCCUCCUUUUUAGUCUGAGCUUCAUUUGGGAGCGAGAGCAGCAGAGGCGAGAGCAAUACUACUCCCUACAAAUACAUACUUGGCAUAAUUAACAGAAAGGUCUGUGUUCCCAAGCUAGAAGAUCGGCAUCAUGGAUGGAAAAAUGGUUGUGCAGCAAGCUAAAGACAACCCCUCAUUCUUGGACAAAAGCCAUGGGUCGCACCUGGUGAAGAGAGCAUGUUUCCCUGUUUCAAAGCUAAAGAUAUUCCUCGGGGCACUGUCGUUUUCCUUCUUCUCCAAAGCAUUUACAGGAAGCUACAUGAAGAGUGUGAUGACUCAGAUUGAGAGGAGAUUUGAAAUCCCAUCGUUUGUGGUCGGACUGAUCGAUGGAAGCUUUGAGAUAGGAAACUUAUUGGUGCUGAUCUUGGUGAGUUACCUGGGGCCGAAAGUUCAUCGUCCAAAGGUGAUCGCAGUUGGAUGCCUCAUCAUGUCCCUGGGAUCAUUUGUGUCAAUUGUGCCUCACUUCAUAAUGGGGCGUUACAAUUACAAGAGCAUUGCGGUUUCUGUGACCAAUUCUUCUGCGAGUGUGUCGGCUUGCACAGCAACCAUUCCUCCCCACCAUGCAGUAGACGACUUGGAUAGUUUUCGAAAUGCGAGUGCUCUUGGCUGUGAAAAAUCGACGAGCUCCUACCUGUGGCUGUUUGUCCUUGCUGGGAAUAUUAUUCGUGGAAUCGGUGAAGCGCCCGUGAUGCCCCUGGGGCUGUCUUACAUCGAUGAUUUUGCCACGGAACAAAACUCAGCCUUUUACAUAGGAAUAGUGAGAGCAUUGGGAAUGUUUGGACCCUCAGCUGGCUUUCUGCUUGGAUCCUACUGUGCUAAUCUGUGGGUUGACAUUGGACUGGUAGAUACUGAUACAUUGACAAUAAAUUCUAAGGAUGUGCGUUGGGUUGGCGCCUGGUGGCUUGGAAUACUGUUAUGUGGAGCCAUCAGCUUUGUGGCCUCCUUCCCUUUCUGGUUCCUGCCUUACUCUUUGCCAAAACAAGGAGAAGAAAGGAUAAUUAAGAAGUCGGGUGACGUUUACGGAAACUCCAAGGAUAGCCGUGGCAAAACCGAAUCUCCAAAACCACCACCGCUGAAGAUCUCCAAAGCAACAAAAGAUUUCUUCCCCACUUUGAAGAAGCUACUUGGAAACACCAUCUUCCUGGUCUAUUUACUCCUCAUUGUCCUUCUGUACAAUUCCGUCGUUGGCAUGAUCACAUAUGAGCCAAAGUUUAUGGAACAGCAAUUCAACAUACCUGUUUCAAACGCCAUUUUUUAUAUUGGUGUGUUGCUUUUACCUGCUACAAUUGUGGGACUGUUCCUCGGAGGUUUUAUCAUCAAGAAGUUCAAGAUGCAAGUGACAACUAUGGCGAAGUUUGCCUGUGUCACUUUUCUCUGUACCUUCCUACUUAAUCUGCUUUACUUUGCAUUCAACUGCAAUGACCUCCAGGUGGCUGGCUUGAACAUCAAUUACUCUGGCAUCAAAGAACCAUCCUUCUCUAAGGAAGUAUCGUUAGCUGCCUGCAACUCUGACUGCAGCUGUGAUGCAAGCCAUUGGGAUCCUGUUUGUGGAAGCAACGGGGUCACCUACAUGAGCGCGUGUUUAGCUGGCUGCAAAGCGUCAGUGGGAAGUGGAAAAGAUAUGGUAUUUCACAACUGUAGUUGUGUGGGAGUUUCAGGUACUGGAAAUCUAUCUGCAGUUUUGGGUCAAUGCCCAAGGGAUAGUUGUACUAAAAGCUUCCCUUAUUUCUUAGCUUUGACGUUCUUAUUUGCGUUGGUUUCCUUGGGAGGAACUCCGACGUACAUGAUUAUGUUCAGAAUGGUUUCUCCAGAAUUGAAAUCCCUUGCUGUCGGCUUCGAAGCUUUCUGUGGAAGGACACUCGGCGGACUUCCUGCACCUCUUUAUUUUGGAGCUUUGAUCGAUACAACCUGCUUGAAAUGGGGUGUGAAAAGCUGUGGCGAAUCGGGGUCUUGCAGAGCGUACAGUACAGAGAUGUUCAGGAACGUCUAUGUGGGAUUCCUUCUCUCGAUAAGAGGUGCAACCUGCCUCCUGUACAUCGUCCUCUGUGUUUUAAUUGCGAAGCGAUUCAGACGGGCGGGGAAGAGCCAAUGGCAACCCAAAACUGUGAGCUGGCUGCCGCCAAGUUACCAGCCCCGAAUGAACAAAGGAGAGACCUCUUCGUAGAGGCGUCCGUCAACGGCGACACCCGCUUGUGAGAAAGGAAAGCUGGUUUGGAUCGUUGCACGAGCGGCUGCUGUUUGGGCAUUCAGGAGCAAUCCAUAGCAUGAGCAGUUCCUCACCCAGGCCAAAGCCCUAUCAGACGAUCAGAGCCCUGCUCAGAUCAUUGGAAACUGCACCAAUUACCCGCAGGCAACGGCAUCAGUUAUUUGUAGCAGAUCAUGUGGCAAGAGCACCAAUCACCUAGAAGAGGGGCGGGAGCAAGAGAGAACUGAAUGGUUGGCGUUCUUGCCAGCGAUCCACCCAACACUGCGAUGCAGCUGCUUGUUUGUGUUUUGUAAUGUCAGGAAACCUGAAGCGUGGCACCUGUUUACAUGUGAAGUUCCUCAUGCAGCAGAGCACUAUGGAAGCUGGAAAGGAGGCUGCGAGUUUUAAAAUACAGAAGGAGAGACGAAUAUAAAACAUUUGCUUAGGAACAAAGGGGGCUCGCUUGUACCAUGUGGGACCACUGGUCCAUCUAGUUCAGUACUGCCUGUGCUGACUGGCAGCAGCUCUCCAGGGUUUCAAGGCAGGCGAUGUUCCCAGCCCUACAUGGAGGUGCCGGGAAUUGAACGUGGAACAUUCCUCAUGCUCCGUCACUGAGAUA